AUGAUUAAAAGAAAACCAAUAGUAAGGAAACAACCACUCAUAAACAAAAUAAAAUCAUUCCCUUUCGAUUUCUUCUUAUGGAUAAAUGAGAUAAGAUUAUCGAUUGAAUGGGAUAACUAUUGUGAUUCGAUUGCAACUCCUUUAAGUUGUUCUUUAACUUUAAUAUAUUUGAUUUUGAUUAGAAUCACCGUUUAUUAUGAAUUAUCCUACAAUAAAAGAGAGAAUCCUUUAUUUCAAGCUGAUUAUUAUAAUUACGAAAAAAUUCGGUCCAGGGCUAUCAGUGGCGAUCCAAUCGAAUUGAGUAUUAAUACUGAGGAUUCCUGGUGGUAUACUAUUUUAAACUUUACUAUAGCUUUCUUAGGCGUUGUAUCAUUAAGCAACUUUGUUUAUGUUUUAUUUUCAUUUAAGUGUUAUACACUAUUAUAUUCUUCUAUGGCGGAGAAGCCGAAGAGUUCAUCAGCAAGAAGAUUGGUCCUUAAGAAUGAUAUUAAUGAUUCGAUUUUUGAAAAACUUUACAAGUUUUUCUAUAGCCACACUAAUCAGGCCAUAGAGCUUUGCUCAGAUGAUGAGAGCUUUUACGAUGAAGACACCAUAAAUGAAAUCAACUUGAUAGAAAAGGAUAUUUGGGAGUUAAAGGUGUGGAACCCUUCGAAGUUCUCUCUUUUCGUAUUAACCAACUUUUCUCCAAUUUUAUUAUUCAUAAUUAGGUUAAUAUCUAAAGAAUUGCCGAUUUGGAAGAUUUUAUUCAUUUCCAUUAUAUUUAACGGUAAUUUUUAUUUCAUUGUAACACAACGAUUCCUUGUGUUACUUCAAGAUAAGCAGAUAUUAUACCAAGAGAUGUUUCAAGAAUAUAACAAUAAAUUUGUAAAGCCAAAGACAUCAGUCUUGAAAAGAGAUGUGGUAAUUGAUGCUACAUUUGGUCCUCGUGCUCCUUCUAAUAUGCUUGUACAAUCAGAAGUAAAGCCUCAUUUACAAAAUACUAGACUGAAGGUAUUCAUUACCCAUAAUAUUAAUGGAGAACCAUUCAAUAAUAUCACGAUAGAGAAAAAUAAAUCAAUGUCUCCGGAAAGACAAGAUCAAUUUCCAAGAUCUUUUAAAUACCAACAAGUAAAAAAUAGUUAUCGCGAUUCACCAUCUAUGUCACUAAAUAGAAACGAUUUAUAUCAUCAGCUACGCCAACCCAAUACAGAUUUGACGUACGAUGAAUCGAGAUAUGAAAAUGAAAAGAUUGAUCGGGAAAGAGAAUUAUUGAGAAGAAACUCUAUCAGACAGACACCUAUGAGCCUGGCACUUUUUGAAAAGUUUGAAGAUUACAGUGAUAAUGAAGACAAACCAUGGUACUCUAUAUCCACGCCAUAUUCUAGAAAAAAAACCAACAUGGAUCAUUCAUUUCAUCAAUCAUCACCCAUGCAUGAGAGUACAUUCACCAGAGGAUUGCAAUCACCCAUUGGUAAAUUAAAAAAUAAUAUGUCACUAAAUAGAAAAACCUUAUCUCCAUCGAGAAGUCUGUAUGAAAGGUCUUUAUCCCCUCAACGUAGGACUCCAGGAACAAUAACUUGGGAUUCCAGAUCUCCAAGUCCUAAAAGACUAUCGAGACCUUCAAGUCCAUCUAAACCAAAGCCAAGAUGGCAUUAA